AUGUGGCAGUUGACAUUGCGACUGCAGCAGCUGUUGCAGCUGCUGCUGCUGCUGGUGAUCCUGCUACUGGUCCAGUUGGGAUUUGCACCUGCAAUCGUUGUGGAACGCAACAUGUUUGCCUACUAUAAAGUUCCUCUAAGGAUGCUCCACUUGUCCAACACUUCCUCCACUUCCGGUCUGUACUACGUGCUGCAAUGUCCGCCCAAACUGGACGACAGCAUACCCAAGCCAAAGGAUAUGCCCACCUGCCAUGUAGUCGAUCAGUUCAAGGACAUUUGGCAAUCGAAACGAAAGCCAAAAAGGCUUCCAACUCGCACAAUGUUGAUGCCACUGCCACCGCCGGCAGUGCAGCGGAUGCGUUGGGGCUGGCGACGACCCAAGCGCCAGAAUCUGGACACUGGACUGCCAUACGAUGAGGCAACACCGCUGCAGCAUCUUGGCCAGCCGCAUCGCCACCAAAAACUGCUCAAACUUGCCGCCGAUCAUCGCAAAUUGAAGCGUGGCAGCCGCACAAAAGGAUACCAACACAUGUUUCAUCGCGAUGAGAGUUACAACGAUCACAUCUUCUACGAUGAGAUGAAACUGGAUGGCAAGUUCCUCAAUCGGGGCAAAACAAAUGAUUGAACAACAAAUUAUAAAUAUAUAAGUACUUUUUAGUUAUUUCAAUAAA